CCGCCCCCUCGCCUCAGAAUCGCCUGACACGGGGCUUCCUAGAAUAUGCCUGCUGAUCCUCCGUUUGCUUUCUCCUUGAAAUGAGACUCUCGCCAUGUGGCGUCCUUUCUUAUUCUCCUCUUGGUAAUUCCGCGUGAUCUUCUAGUCCCGAAAUCUCUCCCAUGGAGUCAGGCGCCUAAAAGGCAGCCCCGCGGUCUUGACGUAAAUUUGAGCGCCGACGCAAGAAGGACCCCCUCUGCCCCUUGCGUCCGCUUGCGUCACUGCCCAGCUGCGCCGAGCCCCGCUCGCUGAGGAGGCACGUGCGCUGCUGAAUGGAGGUGGUGGCUGGUUGCUACGAGCAGGUUCUUUUUGGGUUCGCUGUACACCCGGAGCCCGAGACGAGCGGCAGCCACGAGCGGAAAUGGACUCCCGUGGCCGACUUCACUCACCACGCCCACACGGCCUCCUUGUCAGCGGUGGCCGUAAACAGCCGAUUUGUUGUCACUGGGAGCAAAGAUGAAACCAUUCACAUUUAUGACAUGAAAAAGAAGGUAGACCACGGGGCUCUAGUGCAUCACAACGGCACAAUAACUUGCCUGAAAUUUUACGGCAACAGGCACUUAAUCAGCGGUGCUGAGGACGGACUCAUUUGUGUCUGGGAUGCCAAGAAAUGGGAGUGCCUAAAGUCGAUAAAAGCCCACAAAGGACACGUGACCUUCCUUUCCAUUCACCCGUCUGGCAAGUGCCUGUCUGUGGGUACAGACAAGACACUAAGAACAUGGAAUCUUGUGGAAGGAAGAUCGGCAUUCAUUAAAAAUAUCAAGCAAAAUGCUCACAUAGUGGAAUGGUCCCCAAGAGGAGAGAAGUAUGUAGUUGUCAUACUGAAUAAAAUAGACAUCUAUCGGCUUGACACUGCAUCUGUCAGUGGCACCAUCACAAAUGCGAAGAGAGUGUCCUCAGUUACUUUUCUUUCAGAGUCUGUUCUUGCAGUGGCUGGAGAUGAAGAAGUUGUGAGGUUUUUUGACUGUGAUUCACUAACGUGCCUCUCAGAAUUUAAAGCCCAUGAAAACAGGGUAAAAGACGUGUUCAGUUUUGAAACUCCAGAGCAUCAUGUUAUCGUUACAGCAUCGAGUGAUGGUUUCAUCAAGAUGUGGAAGCUGGAGGAGGAUAAGAAAGUUUCCCCAUCUUUACUGUGUGAAGUAAACACCAACGCCAGGCUGACCUGUCUUGGAGUGUGGCUGGACACGGUGACAGACACGAAAGAAAGCAUGCCUCCAGCUGCAGCGCCUCCUCCUGUGAGUAAAGAAGAACGGUCCAAAAGCAGCAACAAGGAAUCUGGUGAUGCAGCGCAGGAGGAAGAAGGGCAGCCGAAAGCUGACAGGAAGAAAUGCAGUGUAAGUGGUGACAGCAGUAAGCCAGCCCAAGGAAGCAGCCUGGUGUCAGCCAAGAAGAGGAAAAUGGUAGAAAUGUUGGAAAAAAAGAAGAAGAAAAAGAAGAAAAUAGGAACAGUGUCGUGAAUCUCAGAUUUCUCCUAAGAGAAAAACUUUUUCAAAUGUACUUUCAUUUUCCUGAGUAAAAGCCAGGAAUUUCUUCUUUUGAAGAAAAUGUACAGCUUAAAAAUCACUUUCAGGUGUUUUUAAGAUGGUAAAACUUUUUGAUAGGCAGUAUUUUAUUAAUUAUCGUGGUGAUACAUAGUAUGUUAAUGUAUAAUAUAUAAUUUUUACUAUUGCAUAAAGCACAUGAAAAUUACAUGUUACAGCUUAAAAUACAGAAUCUUCAACACAUUUAUUUACCAGAGGUGGAUAAAGGACUUGUUUUUCAGAUUUUUCACAGUGGGGGGAAAAUGAAAAACUUCCAUUACUUUGGCUUCUUCGGGUGGUUCUAAUAAUUUUAUUAUGAAUUUUGUUCAUUUUGGUAACAAACAGUAUAAAAAGAUUUUCAUACUGGGAA